UGCGGAAAGAGUUAUGACAGACUACACGUGUCAGUCUCGUUCAGGUCAAAUUGUGUAAGACCUUGUAACAUGAGUAAACACGUUCGAGGUGUUUUCAUAUUAAACGUACAAACUAGGAGCAGUGGAACAACUAAUGCGGUCACCAGAAGACACCAGUGCCAUCAAACACUGUAGACUCCGAUGAUCCUUAGUAACGAGAAGCUGAGCAGUGUGAUGUAUUAGGAGUAUUUUCGAAUCUAGAGAUUUCGUCAAAAAAAAAAUGGAACUAAUUAAGAAGUUUCCUGAUCGAGACAAGUUGACAGCAGAACAGUGUGCAAAUAUUUAUUGUGAUCUUGUCGAUCAUCACCGUGAGCAUCUGGUGCGCCAUCUAUCAGAUGAUGUGGUACUGGACUGGUUUGGAAGAACCAUUGCAGGAAAGGAAAUGCUGCUGAAUUUCUUUCAACAAGAGACUCAUAUGGAACACAAACUGGUAUCAGUUGAACCAGCAGGUUAUGUUAAAAUUCAGAGAAGGCCAGCAAUUCGAAAGCUGAGAAAACAAUGUGUACCUGAUCUUAAAGAAACAAUGUUCACAGAUGAAUGCUCUAAAGUAGAAGAUAAGUUUCCAGAAAGUGAGCCUAAGCUUCCGUUUUACCAUACAGGUAAGAAAUUCCCCAGGAUACCUGUACAGGUAUGCAAAGAAACAUACAGAUCUGCUUUGCCUCUUAGUAGGUAUGAAAGAGGACAAGGAGAUGAAGAGAACUAUUUUCUUGAAGCUAGUGGUACAAUAGAAUUUGCUAUUACAAAACAGUCACCUACAUCACCAAAAAAUCUUAAGUUAAUUGCUGACUCAUCCAAGUGGGAGCGGAACUUUAAAUUGCAUCUUUCUUGCAUACUCCCAAAAAACGAAGGUCUUGAUCCUGUCAGAAACUUGGAAAUUUUUCAAAUAAUUUAUAGCAGUACAAGCCGUUGCAGGAAGAAUCUCUUUCAGGCAUUUAGCCAAGCAUAAAAAUGCAUGGGACAGAAAGAUUUCAGUACUGUGAUAACUUUGUAAAAUAGACUCCAUAAUUUGCUGAUUGUCCCUUAUGUAGCUGUUUGAACCAUGAUGCUGUGUAUUAUUUGUUCUGUUUUCAAUGUGGGAAAUACUGAGAGAAUCCUUUUUAGUUAUCGGAGAAAGAAAGAUACUCCGUAUUGGUACUGAUAUGUUCUAGACUAAUUUCACACCCUUUUGUAUUUAUGUACAGUUGAAGGAAUUAGCUCAUUUCAUAGAUGCAGUUUAAUGGCUCUUUCAUAUGCGUGGUUACCAUUUACUUGGUAUGAGAAUUUAAUUGCUACAGUACAUGUAGUAGUAAAUGAAACUUCAAAAAUGUGGUGCUACUGUAAGGAAAAAAAUGUUGCUGAUCAGAGAUUGAAGAUGUUUCAGUUUUUAAUUCACAUAAUGGACUUUUGACAGUUUGUUCAGUGGAAAAGCAAGAAUUAAUUCAAAAGGUGGAAUGAGCUAGUGUUUUUUCAGUUCAUCUCUUGCAAUCAUGUGUCACUUCUGUUUUCCGUGAUUACAUGAUAGACAUUUGACAUUACUUCUGUGAUUAUGUAUUAUAUAUAUAUAUAUUUUUUACUCUGUUAGCAGAAUAUAUAUUCUUUUUUAUGUGAGCAGUGGUAUUGCAUUAGUAGUUGUCAGACAUGUAAGUACUGAAGGUUUAAAGUACAAAUAAUUUUUAGAUAAUUUAUACAUAUGUAUUAUUUCUUUUUAAGUGACAGAAGCAUUGUAGUUUGGCUUAUGAAAUCACAUGUCUUAUUUUUUGACAUAACGGCAGUAUAAGUACUUGUAAGUUAAUUUCUUUUCCUGAAAAUUUAAGCCAUGUUAUUUUCUGUUCUUUUAUAUGUAAGCCAUUUAAAAAUUUUAUGCAAAUGGAAUCUCAUGUUAAUUAAAAGCAAUAUUUACAAAACAAGAAGUUCAAUCCACCCAGUGCCUGUAUUAUGUAAGUGGAUGCUCAGGGGGGAAAAAAAGGUUUAUCACCGAAUGCUUGAGAUAUAACACCUGACUGUCUCUUUAAUAUUCUCAAGUAAUUGAGAGGGGUAUAAGGCAAGGACAACUAAUUAAAUGUGAUAUCACUGAUGAUAAGAAAAACCUACUUGAAGGUUACACAGGAGUAACUAUUCAAGUCCAGUUUACAAGAUUCUGAGAAAGAUAAGAAUGACUUCACUAGAAAAAGUUGACCAGAAUAUGGCCAAAUCUUUCUUUAGCCUUCAACAAGACAUGAAACACACUGAAGUUCUUGUUCUGUCUUUAGCAAGAAUUGCAGAAUACACUGAUCUCAUACAUUGCUGGAUAUGACUUUAGUAGGUUAAUGCCAUAGCAUAAAAUAAACUUCAUCUUGACCUUUCUUUGAAAUGGUUUGAUUA